GAAAAAAAAAAGAAAACCUGUGGCUACCAAUGUAUUACCCGUUAAAAAAAAUCAAGAUUUAGGUGGCUAUCCUUGUUUGUCAUUCCCCAAAGAUUUUUUUUCUUCUCCCUGCAAGUAGGUUACCUUCAAAAACAAGAAUAAACAAUGGCGGCAGUCAACGCUGGUGAAGUCCAGACACCAUUCGAGCCUAAAUAUGAUCGAGCUAGCGAAGUCAAAGAUUUCGACGACACGAAAACUGGUGUCAAAGGGCUUGUAGAUGCCGGGAUUUCGGAGGUUCCCCGAAUAUUUCAUCAGCCACCGGAUACCGUCGGGGAAACCUCCGUUCUAAGUGCCAUCCAGUUUAGCAUCCCUGUUAUAGAUCUUCAAGGAGUAAAGGAAGACCCCAGUACUCACAAGGAGAUCGUUAAACAAGUCCUUAAUGCAUCACACGAAUGGGGCUUUUUUCAAAUCAUUAACCAUGGAAUUCCAGUGAGUGUUCUUGAGGAGAUGAAGGUUCGUGCACAUAGAUUUUACGAGCUAGAUGAUGAGCUCAAAAAACAGUUCUACACUCGCGAUACUUCGAAAAAAGUGGUCUAUAAUUCCAAUUUCGAUCUCUUUAUUUCCCCAGCAGCUAACUGGAGAGACACUGUUUAUUGUGACAUGGCUCCUGACCCUCCUAAGCCUGAAGAGUUGCCUGAACCAUUUAGGGGUAUGAUAGUGGAGUACACGGACCGGAUGAUGAGUUUGGGUCAUUUGCUGUUUGAGUUAAUAUCAGAAUCUCUGGGGUUGAACCCUGAUCAUCUGGUGAAGAUAGAUUGUGCAAAGGGUCUCGGCCAUCACUUCCAUUACUAUCCGGCGUGUCCGCAGCCGGAGUUGACUAUCGGUGCUGGCAAGCAUGCUGACAGUUGCUUCCUCACCGUGCUUCUACAAGACCAUAUUGGUGGCCUCCAAGUUCUUUAUGAAAAUCAAUGGAUUAAUGUACCUCCAAUUCCUGGGGCUUUAGUAGUUAACAUUGGAGAUCUUUUACAGCUUAUAUCGAAUGACAGACUUGUAAGCGUCAAGCAUAGGGUGCUCGCGAAUUCGGUUGGACCUAGAAUAUCGGUGGCAAGCUUUUUCUCCACUUAUUUUAAUCCGAACCCGAGAUUGUAUGGUCCUAUCAAGGAGUUGUUAUCAUCAGAUAAUCCUCCGAAAUACAGGGAAACUACUGUGCUAGAGUUCAAGAAUCACUACUAUAACAAAGGCCUUGAUGGAAGUUCUGCACUGCUGCAUUUCAGGAUAUGAACCAAUUCUCUCAAAAGACAAUUCCAGCUUUGGUCUUUCUAUGUAUAACUAGAAUUAGAAAAUGAAUAGAUUGUUAUAUAUCUGUAUGUAUGCAUGCACGCCUACAUGUAUUCUAUUUAUAAACAUGAGCAAUGUCGACUGUUGAAUA